UUGUCAGCACCACAGGAACCCAGUCGGGGACGUUCCGUGUCUUCUGGGUCGAGCCAUUCGAGACGAGUCGUCGACGAAGCCCUGCCACGACCUGACGAUCCCACAGCCAGGGACAGCCAGGAGAGCCUCUGCGACCCAUCACCACCACUACCAGCAGCACCAGCAGCAGCAAUCGCCGCCGCUGACAGCAUCGCCCGCUCCACCCAAGGCCCAGGGGCAACACAGCAGCCUCCGCCGCCUCAGUACCCUGUCUCUGAAGCAUCCCGCCCGACUGCUACGUCGCUCGUUUCUUCCCGGACCGCACCUCCGCCCUUCUCCUCUCUCUUUGCCAGCUUUCCGCCGCCGGUCCAACACAGCCCUGCUCCUGUAGACGAAACCGACGAUCCGUCUGGCUCUGGCACAGCUCCUUCCGACCCCUACGAAACAGAACCUGUCCAACGCGACAAGUCCCCUGCCCCAGCCUACGAACCGCCGGCUGCAUCGAGCUCCUCGGAAGCGCCGAACACCUACCAAGAUACCCUCGCCGAGACUAAACGUGCCCUUCCCCAAGACACAAAGGGCGAGAGCAGCUCACGCUCCAAAGACGACGACGCCGAACCACCACCAGCCUACUCGGAGGGUUACAGCCCCCUACAGUCCUUUACAUACCUGAUGGCUGCCGCAGGAGGAGCCUCGAGUAUCAUUACUCAGGUGCAGCAGGGCGGACCGCCCAUCAACACCAUUGGAGAUGUCGGCGCCGAUGAGACUAUCACCAUGGACCUUAGGGGCACACGGUUUGUCCUCUCUCGUGACGAGCUUCUGACGCUUCCCGAGUUUGUCCUGCUAUCUCUUUUCCCCAACGGCCUCUUCCCUGAAGGGCACAUGGGCGGCUCGACCGACGGCGACGCCAUUCAAGUCGAUUAUGACCCGGAAUCUCUACAGUACAUGCUCGACUUUUUCCGCAAGGUAGCCUCGUCGAUUCCGGCCGAGUCGUCACCACCACCGUCUCAAGAUGGCGACGCGAUGCCCAUCGAGCCACUGGGCGGCGCAGGCCGUGACGACUCAUCAAAGAGGGCAGGUAUCAUAGUACUGCGCGAAGACCUCGACUUCUAUGUCAUCCCGCCCAAGGCAGAUAUUCAACAGCCGGAAAUGAUUGAGGUGAAAAGGGCCGCAGCCAGGGCGCUCUUGAAGCAGGAUGGCAUCUUCUCCGGGCUGAAGCGAAGCGAUGAGCCCGGGACCACAGAGGCACACCUGAUUGAGAUGUUGACAGCUGGUGGUUUCAAUCACGACGACCAGUGGGGACACCGCGCAGGCGAGCCUAACAAGGCCGUUGUUUGCAGUCUCGCUCUUGCAAGGCUUCGCAGUGACAUCCGUGGCAACGAAAUGGGCAACAACGCCGUGGGCAUGGCGCAGAAACUGUUGCUGUUCUGGCGGAAGCCGGCCAGGAGAUGUUGGUGGGAGGGCGUGGAGCUCAACAACGUCGAUGGUGUGGAGGGAACGCUCAAGGUGUGGAUCAGACGGGUGUGGACGCUGGAGAUGAGUGUCAUCGGCCUACGGUGA